UCCGCACCAGCCUGUGACAAAGAAUAUUGCAGACUUGGCUGUAUCUGUGACAGUAUAGACCAUGAAAGACCGAUUGCCAGCAAAACUCACUGUCGAAGGCCAUCUUGCAUGUUGCAGUGCGUGUGCCUAGAGUCUGGCAGUUUUGAUGGCAAUGAGGAUAUUCCUUACCUCCCAUCAAUGAGGAGGCGGCCUAAGCCUGGUGAUCGCUUCUCAAAUCUUCCCCAGCGAGAAAAGACUCAUCGUUCGGCAAAAAACCUAGAUGCUGUGACAAGAAAAGCCAUGAUGUUGUAUGAAACUAGUGAGAUCUACUGUGAAAGGGUGGAGCGAACUCGUAAGAGAUCUGACAUGGCCAGCAGUCCGGCCAGCACAUCAUUUGACACUAGUCUGUUGGCUGCUGCUGUGCCCACCUCAUGCUCCUCUGCUGCAUUUGAUAUUGACAGUGUCUCAGAUCCCUCAGAGGACAGCAGCUUUCAGACCGACACUUUCAGUACUGAUGUUCCUAUGGCAUCUGAGACCAUGGGAUCAACACCAUCACAUCCAUUCAUUAUAUUCAACACCAGCCCUCAG